GUCUGUUCACGCCCAUUCUCUUACUCCAUUGGCCAGAAUAUGUAGCUACUGAGUUGUGUUUGGCUACGCUGUGUGUUCAAAGGUUAGCUUGUUAUGUAGCCACCUAGGCGGAGGGGGGUGUGUGUUAUCUGCUGAUUUUGUUACAAUGGUUCCUCUGUCAGCCUUAUGUAACAUUCGAUAAUACACUUAAAGUGCACGGAUGCGUUGUCGCGUAUUUAUUUGACCUACUAUGUUGAUUUUUUUGCGUAUUUUUUGAGCGGUGACAACCUGGGCAUGCUAAUGUUAGCUGAAACGCUACCUAGCUAGUCAGCCAGCUAACUUCUUCUUCCAGGUAUCAUGUUGCAUGAAAAGCUGACCUUGUAGGCAAAGGCAGCUGAAGAACGAUUUAAAUGGGUCCUGUCAGAGCUAUGGCAUCAACCAGGCUCCUGUGUUUGUUCAGCGCGAAAGUAGCAGGGUUGACCAACACAUUAGCCAGGGCAGGGCACAGUGUGUGCUCCAGGAGAAAUGUCUGCAGUUCACCUUCAGGGCUGCAGAGCUGCAUGUCAGCCUGGGUGAUUGAUCAGUAUGGCACUAAUGGGAUUUUGAGGUACACAGAAGAAAUCACUCUACCCACUGUUAAUUCUCCCAGUGAUGUGAUGAUUAAAGUCCAUGCGGCCAGUCUCAACCCUCUUGAUAUAUCUAUGAGGGGUGGUUAUGGAGCUAAAUUGCUUAAAUUAAGAAGGGAUCCAAUGUCUGUGAUGGACAGUGAUUGUGAGUUUCCUCUGAUUCUGGGUCGUGAUGUGUCUGGUGUAGUGGUGGACUGUGGAUCUGAGGUUACCCAUUUUGCUCCAGGAGAUGAGGUGUGGGCUGCUGUUCCUCCGUGGAAACAAGGAAGUCUGGCAGAAUUUGUGACUCUAACAGAGUAUGAGGUUUCCCAUAAGCCAGAAUUAGUGAGUCACACAGAGGCAGCGUCCAUCCCCUAUGUAGCCAGCACUGCUCUGUCUGCUCUUGUCAAUGCAGGUGGCCUUUGCAGAGACAGCUCUUUAAAUAAAAGAGUUUUGAUCACUGGAGGAUCGGGAGGUGUUGGAACAUUCUCUAUUCAGUUACUGAAGGCCUGGGGUGCCCAUGUAACAGUUACCUGCUCCCAGAACGCAGAGGGCCUUGUUCGAGGGCUGGGGGCUGACGAGGUGGUGGAUUACACAGCAGGAGAUGUGGCUGAACAAUUGGAAAUGAUGGAGAAGUUUGACGUGAUUUUGGACAAUGUCGGUGGAGAGACAGAGCAGUGGGCGAUGGGCCUGCUGAAGCCCUGGUCUGGGGCAAAGUACAUAACACUGGUAACACCUUUACUCCUCAACACUGAUGCCAUGGGCCUGCUGGACGGGAUGAUUCAAGCUGGAUUCACCCUGCACACCAAGGCCAUACAGAACAUAAUAUCAAGCGGAGUCUUCUACCGGUGGGGAUUUUAUGCUCCAGAUGGGCCCGCCCUGGAUGAGGUCAGAAAGCUGGUGGAUGCAGGGAAGAUCCUGCCAGUUGUGGAGGCCCAGUUUCCUUUUAACCAGGUGCCCCAGGCUUUUCAGAAGUUGGAGCGGGGCCAUGCCAGAGGGAAGACGGUAGUCAGGGUGGCUGAAAAGGACGACAGACAGGCCGAAGAGUUGGUGCAGAAUAUCUCCGCAGAGACCGCAGAGUCAGAGCAGGAAGUGCAAGGAACAGCCAAGCAAAACUAAAGAGUGGAAGCAGAGUGCCAAGAGAAUAAAGAUUCUGUGAUUGUUCUUAGCUGCAGAAGGUGAAUCUUGACAGCAGCAGGCUGUAUUAUCCAAACAAAUCAGAGAUGCUGCUGUUGUGCAGCAGACUGCAAGCGUGAUAUGAGCUUGUAAUGGGAGCGUGCCAAAGGCUGUCGUUCUUGUUAAACCUUACACCCGCCUGUACUGUAUUGAAGUUUUCACCAGGUGCUUUAGUUAUGCCGCGUUCAUGUCAUGGUGAUGUCACUAUGAUCACCAAAUGAGGUCAGCAUCCAACAAGCAGUCGCAUAAUAGAAAGACUGUCUGUUACAAACAUAGUCAGCUUGAAAUGUUUGUAAAUAGAUGUGUUUAUGUUCAGUACCAGGUGAAGCAGAAGCAGCACAAUAAAGCAGGUAACAGUU